AUGGAUGAUUUGAAUGAAUUUCGUAAGCAAAGACAUGCAAAGUAUGUUGCUGAGCAACAACAACAACUAGAACAACAACAACCACCAACACCACCACCACAGCAACAACCAAAUGAAACUGAACCUCAAUAUUUAGAUGAAGAAGCACAAGAAGCAGAGGAAGAUGAAGAAUUGCAAGAUUUCGAACAAGAGUUAGAUGAAAAUGAAGCGGAGGAUGAUAUCAUACAACCCGUCAUGAAUCAACCACAACAAUUUCUACCACCCAUGCCACAUCCUCAUGCAAUGAAACCAAAUCCUUUCGCUCAUAUGUUCAAACCAGCUGCCAAACCAACCCCAUGGAGUUCUACUGGAUACAGAUUAGGUGGUAACAACAACGAUGAAGAAGAAGAGCAACAACAAGAAGAGAAUGAACAAACAACUGAUGUCGAUCAACAAAAUCAAACAACUACAACAACAAAUAUGAAUCAACAACAAAACGAUGAUAUUGACGACGAGGAUGAGGAAGAGAACUUUGACGAACCACAACAACCUCCACAGCCAUUUGGAAUGCCACCAGGAAUGAUGCCGGGAAUGAUGCCAGGAAUGAUGCCAGGAAUGAUGCCAGGAAUGAUGCCAGGAAUGAUGCCAGGAAUGAUGCAACCAGGUAUGGGUUGGAAUCAUCAACAUCAGUUGCAGGUGUUCGGUGGUCAAGGUCACCAGCUGACAUCGAAUCCCGAGGAAACUACACCAAAGGCAAAAGAAGAGAUCGCCAGUUUAAUUAGUGAGCGAUACACCAAUGUAGAACAAUCACCACCGUUAGACUCUAUAGCACCGCCUCCACCACGUGUAUUCAACAGAAAGAUCAAACAACUGAUUGAUAUCUGUCUCGAUAAGAUAGCAUUGGAUGUCACACCCUAUCAGUCGAGUUUGAAGUUAUUGCCAUCGUUCAUCAUUCACCGCUUGAUCGAAGUAAUGAUAUCGUCGCAUCGUUUAUCAAGAAAGAAACUCGACCAAAUGGUACUGGGAAAUGCCAAGAUUGAAGAGUUAAACUUGAACUAUCAGCAUCUAAUCGUAAGCAAUGACUUCCUACAGAAUUGUUUAUCCAGAAUGUAUCAUCUUCAAAAGGUUUCACUUGUUGCAUGCUUUGGUUUUACAGAUUUAGGAAUGGAGAAUUUCAAGAGAAUGGAACAUUUAACUUCAUUGAUUUUAACUGAUUGUGCAGUUACCAAUGUUUCAGUAAAAUCUUUAAAACAAAUGGUUAAAUUGGAAGAGUUAUCAUUGAGAAAUACAAAGAUUACAGAUUCAGGUUUAACUUUGUUGUCGUCUCUCGUCGAGUUGAAAUUCUUAGAUCUUUCUGCAUGCAAUAUUACAGACGAAGGAAUCACCUUUGCAAUUCCAUGUUUUACCAAACUAGAAACUUUGAAUCUCUCUGCAACCUCUGUCACCGAAAAAGCGAUUCAAAAACUUACAAAACUUCCACUGGUCAGCUUGUAUCUUUCCAAUUGUCCAAUGAUUGGAAAUCAAUCAUUAUUUUUUAUUACAUUAUUUGGUAAAACAUUAAAACUUUUGGAUAUUUUCGGAACAAAGAUUGGAGGUGCUGGAUUUGUAAAUUUACAGAGACUUCCAAAUUUGACUGUACUUAAACUGCCUGGAAGAGACUCACUCUCCGACGCUCACAUCUCCCACCUCAAUGCAUUACAGAAUGUCAGACGAUUGGAUCUCUCGGACUAUAUAAACAUUACAACGAUUGCCCCACUAAAUCCUCUUCGAUAUCUCUGUGAAUUAUCACUCAGUAAUACAAAGAUUUCUGAUGACAGUAUCGAUAGUAUCAUAGGUUGUUCAAAUCUUGUGAUUUUGAAUUUGGAUAGAACUAGAGUGAGAGAUAUCGGUGUUUCCAAGUUGAUUUCUCUUAGUUUACAUACACUCUCUUUGAUGGCCACUGGAAUUCGUGGUGAUUGCUUAACUACUUUGUCACAAUUGAUUACACUGACAUCGCUCAAUAUCUCUUCGAAUGACAUUCAAGAUGCUAAAGUUUUGCCACUCUUGGAUCUUCCCAAUCUGACCUACAUUGACUUACGUAAUACACAAGCAUUCACCGCAUCGCUGAAAUUCAAUCACAACGUUCAAGUUAGAAAACCAGUCAUGGUUCAAAUCGAGUCUGAAGAAGAAGAAGAGGGUCCAGAAGAUGAAGGUGUCUGUUUAUUAGUUUUAACUAGAUCUCAACAAAAGAUGAGUGACUAA